AUGGCCCUCACCCCGUACCGCCUCCUCUGCUUCGACGUCUACGGCACCCUAAUAGACUGGGAAAGCGGUAUCAUCACCGCCCUGGCCCCAAUUCUGUCAAAAUCCACCAAGCACUUCACCCGCGCCCACCUACUAACAACCUACUACGCUCUCGAAAGCGCCCAACAGAUCGCGACCCCGGAUCUCCCCUACUCCGCCCUCCUAUCCAAAAUCCAUCCCAUCUUAGCCGCCCGCCUAGGCCUCGACCUGCCAACAGAAGAGGAGAGCCGCGCAUUCGGGGAUUCCAUCGGAACAUGGCCUGCCUUCCCAGACACGGUUGACGCCCUGCGCCGGCUGUCAAAGCACUACAAGCUGGUGGUACUGUCGAACGUGGACCGGGCCUCGUUUGCCAAGUCCAAUGCCGGCAGUUUGCAGGGCGUGCCAUUUGAUAUGGUCCUUACGGCGGAGGAUAUUGGCAGUUACAAGCCUGACUUACGGAAUUUCGAGUACAUGUUGGAGGCUGUGAAACGCGAGUUUGGGGUUGGGCGGGAGCAGGUGCUGCAGACGGCGCAGAGCCAGUUUCAUGAUCAUCGGUCUGCGAGGCGGGUUGGUAUUAAGUCUGUUUGGAUUGAGAGGCCUGGGGCUGUUAUGGGGAAUGUGGAGGAGCCGAUCUUUGAUUGGCGGUUUGGAACUUUGGGGGAGAUGGCUGAUGCUGUUGAUGCGGAGUAA